AUGGCCGCCUCCCCCCAUCCACCUGAUUCUUACCGCCACCUCGUUGACGAGAAUCGCGCCCGUUUUGAGUCAUUCAUCCAGAAUGGCGAAAAGAAGCCUGUACUCCUAUGGAACCUAUUAAUUCCUCUCUUGUUGCCCGUCAUAGCACUCCUUGUCCCGCACGAGAAGGGCGCCCGUUAUGUUCGCCCCCUGGUGAUGGCUUGCAUCAUCGGCCUCUCCGUUGAUACCCUCUGCCACCGUCGCAUGCUCCUAGGAGGAAAUGGAUAUAUGGGGGGUCUGAUCCCCGCAUGGGGGUGCAUCUGGUCUGCAACACUACUCAUCUUCCGCAAUGUCGAGCGCGAUUUUCAACGCAUCGAGCGUCGCUCACUACCCCCCGCGAAGGCUGGCCCAAACGGAGAUGCGGCCCUGAACGGCUAUGCCAGAAAAACGAGAUGUCAGGACACCACAUUGCGCUCUGAAACCCUUGUAUGGCAGCCCUACCCACAGACUCUGACUCAUCGUCUGAACUGGGUUCUUGGCCUGGUUGCCAAUAUGCGCGGGCCCGAAUGGAACUGGCGCAUCUCCUCAUUGGGCGCAUUACCACCCUCGGUCCAGUCGCAGCUCAACCACAGGCACAACUUUAAAGAUAAUGCAGACCCAGAACUCAACGAUAUGCGCUUCCGCCUGCGCGCCGUAUUCUCAACCUGGCUGAAAUCUUACCUCAUCCUCGACCUCAUCAAGCUCCUCAUGAUCCGUGAUCAAUACUUCAUGGGUGCCGUAUAUCCUACUCCAGAUCCGCCCUUCCCAUUCCACCGCCUUACGCCUUACCCAGCUCUCGUCCAUGUCUACCGCUGCUUGAUUACAGGCACUGGUGUCCUGGCAGCACUUCAAUAUGUCUGCUGUUUCAACCCACUUCUCUUCGGCGGUCUCUCCCUCGCCUUCCCUAACGCCGCCCGCACCCUCACCUCCGUUCCCCUCUCCGCUGGCUGGCUCUACCCACCCACAUUCGGCCCCUUCCUCACGACCAUCCUUGACGACAGCCUCGCUGGCUGCUGGAGCCAAUGGUGGCACCAGCUCUUCCGCUUUGGCUUCACCUCCACCGCCCACUGGCUCCUCGGGUUUCUCCCGUCCCGUCUAGCUAACAUUCGCACUAUCCGCCGAUUCCUCACUGUCCUCAUCGCGUUCGGCCUCAGCGGGUUCGUCCACGCCAGUGGAAGUUAUGUCCAGUACCGUGACACCAUUCCGGCUACUGGCGCAUUCUGCUUCUUCAUACUGCAGGCCGUCGGGGUUCUCAUCCAGGAGAUUAUCUCACCCUCGUGGUCCAGACUCCCUAAACCUAUGCGGCGAGUCUGCAAUGCUGUGUUCGCACUGGGCUGGCUACUUCUCACAGGGGGAUUCAUCAUGGAGGACUUCUCGAGGGGUGGACUGUGGCUUACGGAGCCGUUGCCCGCGAUAUCCUCAUACCUGUACCAGGAAGGGACCUUACAAGAUAUCUGGACCUUUUUGGAUCAAUGA